AUGGGCCAGAAAAAAAAGAACCCAAUAAACAACCAGGUCCACAUCGAAAAAAACAGCCCGACGCCCCGACGCACCUGCAGACCUGCUCGACGCCUCGACCCCGAUAGCCGCCUCGCCUCGCCGUUCGCGCCUGGCGCCCCUGCCGCCGCCGAGGAAGCUCCCGCCGGCCGCCUCCCGCCUCUUCUCCAGCCCGCCCGCCGCCCCGCCCGGCCCUCGGUCCAGGGCUCCGGGCGCAUCUCCCUGCGCCUGCGCGCGCGGCUAGCCCCUGCCGGCUGCCGCCUGCCGGAGUCCGGCUGCGCCCUUGCCGCCGCUCGUCGGGCGACUGCCUGGCGACCCUACCCUCGCGGCCUCACCCCUUCCAAAUCCGGCUGCAGUGAGGUGAGAGAGGAUGCUCUUCUUAAGCAUGUUGGUUGCGUAUCAAGUGUGCAUAAUGCAGCUCAAGAGAGAUAUAACUUAUUUGUGAAUCCUCGUGCAUCUAUUGAUGAUCUCUUUGUGAAGGUGAACAGUGAGGAUCUGCGUCUUUACAAGAUGAGGUUGAAGUAUUCACUUAGAUGCUUGCAGUUUCUUCUUCAUCAAGGAUUGGCAUUUCGUGGGCAUGAUGAAAGUGAAGAGUCUAGCAAUAGAGGAAACUUCCUUGAGCUAUUGAAGUGGCUUGCAGCAAAUAGUGAGGAGGUGAAUAAGUAUGUUUUGAAGAAUGCACCAGGUAACUGCCAAUUGACAUCUCAUCAGAUACAACAUCAGAUUAUUCAAUGUUGUGCACAACUUACUAGAAAGCAAAUUAUUGAUGAACUUGGUGAUGAGCACUAUGCUAUUCUAGCUGAUGAGUCUAGUGAUGUAUCACAUAAAGAACAACUAGCUUUAUGCUUGCGUUUUGUUGAUAAAGUAGGGAGGCCGUCUGAGCACUUUCUUGGAGUUGUUCAUGUAAGUGACACUACUUCAUUGUCACUUAAGGAAGCAAUUGAAACUUUACUUACUGAUCAUGGUUUGACUAUAACACAAAUUCGUGGGCAAGGAUAUGAUGGGGCUAGUAAUAUGAGAGGAGAAAUUAAAGGAUUGAAAACAUUGAUCAUGAAAGAGUCACCUUCUGCCUAUUAUAUUCAUUGUUUUGCACAUCAACUCCAGCUAGUUCUUGUUGCUGUUGCCAAGGGAAAUGAUGAUUGUGUGUGGUUUUUUGAUCGAGUGUCUUUAUUACUGAAUGUUAUUGGAGUGUCUUGUAAGCGUCAUGACAUGCUUCGAGAUGCUAGACUUCAGAAUAUCCUGAAACUACUUGAAUGUGGUGAGUUACAAACCGGGAGUGGUUUGAAUCAAGAGAUGGGGUUACCUAGGCCUGGUGAUACUCGGUGGGGCUCUCAUUACAAAACUGUUCUUAACAUUAUUGCUAUGUAUCCCACAAUCCGUGAUGUGCUCAUAACUCUUGGACAAGAUGCUUCACAAAGAAGUGAUUGGCCCAAAAUUCAUACUAUUGUUGGAGUGUUUGAGUCAUUUGACUUUAUUUUCAAUGCACACUUGAUGCUUGUCAUUCUUGGAUACACAAGUGAUUUGUCUGAUUGUUUGCAAAGAAGAGACCAAGAUAUUCUUACUGCAAUGGCACUUGUUAGAACUGCAAAAAGUAGAAUACAAGAGCUUAGGGAUAAUGGGUGGGAUGCAUUUUUGCAAAAGGUCACACUAUUCUGUAACAAGCAUGGCAUUCAAGUUCAUAUAAUGGAAGAUAAUUAUGUGCCUUAUGGAAGAUCAACACGGUUUGCUCGACCCCAAACAAAUGAUGAUCACUUUAGAAGAGAAGUUUUUCUUGGAGUCAUUGAUCAAAUUAGUCAAGAGCUUGAAAAUCGGUUUGAUGAGAUCAAUAUGGAGCUGCUAUCUUGUAUGUCUGCUUUGAAUCCCGCCAACUCAUUUGCUGCUUUUGAUGCACAAAAGGUACGAAGACUUGCUGAUUUUUAUCCCAAAGACUUUUCAAGUGCCGACUUGAUACACCUUGAACUACAACUUGAUAACUAUAUUGAUGACAUGAGAAAUGAUGAGAACUUUCAAGGCCUUGGGAAUCUUGUUGAUCUCUCUGUUAAGCUUGUCCAAACAGGGAGACAUAUAGUUCAUCAUUUGGUGUACUUGCUUUUAAAAUUGGUAUUGAUUCUCCCGGUGGCAACGGCAAAUGUUGAGAGAGCAUUUUCUGCCAUGAGUUUUGUCAAGAACAAGUUGAGAAAUAAGAUGGGUGAUAGUCUUUUGGAUGAUUGCCUAGUCACAUACAUUGAGAGGGAUGCUUUCUCCGAGGUGAAUGAAGAUGACAUAAUUGACACCUUCAUGGCAAUGCAAAAACGUAGGCCAGAAAGAUAGUCUUUUUGAACUUCUCAA